AUGUCAAAAAUUGCAAAAAGUCACGGAAGCCUAGGAACCACCAGUCCAUUUGGAAAGUCGAUAACCUUGCACAACAAAGCAUACACUGUCGCAAGAUUGACACUUCUCUCCGAUAUCGACAGGCUUUAUGAAAAGCUUAACAAUAAUCUGUCCAAAAAAGAAAAAAAGUUGAUCUACGAGAAAAUCAAUAACAAAGUGAUUGAAUGGAAUGAAAUUUACUCAUUAAAACAUGAGCUAGAUUUGCAUGGAAUGACGGCGGAAGCAGCAGUGAAGUAUGUGGAGAAGAUGGUAAAAGCAAAAGGUCACAUAGAAGAUUUGUUGAUUGUGACGGGACAAGGACAUCACUCUUCGGAGAAGAUACUAAAAAUCAAGCAGAAAUUGUUAUCGCGAUUCAAGUCCCGAGUGAAAAUCAAUCAGUUCAACCCAGGACAACUGACAUUGGAGAAGCGGUCAAAGCUAUAA